CGGUCCCUAAGCGGAUGGGCGCUCCCCGAGUGCGCUGGUGCUGAUGCAGACAGACAGAAGCAUCUAACCGGACAUAAACCACAGGAGGUGUUUGAAAGUGAUGCUUUGACAGUUUAAAGGGCUUCCUGAGACUCGUGCCACUGGCAUGGCGGUGCGCUCUGACCUGUUGGGUACGGCUCAGCCGGCGUUUGAGUCCUGGCCUGCAGGCAGUGGCAGUUCUGUGGAGGAGCUGGACGUCAGGAGUUUCCUGGGCUCACUGAUGGAGGAGAACAGCACAGCGGAGAGAUGUUAUCGCUCUCACUCCCGCAGCAGCGUCCUGCAAGGCCUGCCCUUUGGAGGAGUCCCCACCGUCCUCGCCAUCAACGUCGUUCUGUGGCUGUUCCUGCUUCUAAUCUUCUCCUGUUUGAGGAAGGCAGCGUGGGACUACGGCCGCCUGGCUCUGCUUAUGGAAAAUGACAGCUUGACAUCACUAUUCUAUGGAGAACAAAGUGAGAAAGAGAAAACCCCAUCAGAAUCCAGCCCAUCAGACUCGGAGACCAAGGACAUGGGCUUCUGUUCCUGGCUCACAUCCCUGUACCACAUGAAGGAUGAAGAGAUCCGCAGUAAAUGUGGCAUUGAUGCGAUCACAUACCUGUCUUUCCAGCGUCACAUUAUCCUGCUCAUGAUGGUGGUGUGUUUGCUGUCGCUCUCCAUCAUCUUGCCUGUCAACCUCUCUGGAAACCUCCUAGGAGAUAGCCCACAGAAUUUCGGCCGAACAACAGUGGUUAAUGUCCCUGCACAGAAUGCAUUUCUGUGGCUGCACAGCAUCUUUGCUCUGCUGUAUUUUGUGAUCACAGUACUGUGCAUGGCCCAUCAUUCCUCACGGCUGGAAUACAGAGAAGAUGAGAAGGUGGCCAGAACUCUAAUGAUAACUUCAGUUCCCAGAGAAAUCUCUGAUCCCGGCCUGAUCACCAAACACCUGCAUGAAGCCUACCCUAGCUGCACCGUCACAGACAUCCGGAUCUGCUUUGAUGUACAAAAACUAAUGAAGCUGGACUCAGAAAGGCGAAAAGCAAUGAAAGGAAGGCUGUACUUCACAACCAAAGCUCAGAAGGAAGGCAGGAUCAUGAUAAAGACUCACCCCUGUGCACAGAUCUUCUGCUGUGAUAUAUGUGGCUUUGAACAGGUGGAUGCAGAGCAGUAUUACAGUGAACUGGAGGAGAAGCUGACAGAUGAGUUUAAUGCAGAGAAGAACCGUAUCUCUAUGAAGAGGCUGGGCAUUGCCUUUGUUACCUUCAGAGAUGAGAGAAUGACUGCAGUUAUUGUGAAAGACUACAGCCGAGCUCGCUGCCGCCACAGACCCCAGCAGUCCAGCAUCACCACAGUGGUGCGCUCCCAUCAGUGGGGUGUUUCUUACGCCCCGGCCCCUAAUGACAUCAUCUGGGAAAAUCUGUCAGUGUGCGGUUCUCGCUGGUGGCUCCGCUGCGUCCUGCUCAACAUUGUGCUUUUCUUCUUGCUCUUCUUUCUCACAACCCCUGCUAUCAUCGUAAACACUAUGGACAAGUUCAACGUCACCCGGCCAGUUGAAAGCUUAAGGAAUCCAGUAAUUACCCAGUUCUUCCCCACCCUGCUCCUGUGGGCCUUUUCCAUUCUCCUGCCCUUCAUUGUGUACUAUUCAUCUUUCUUUGAGCACCACUGGACCAGGUCCGGUGAGAAUCAGGUCACUAUGCAUAAAUGCUUUCUGCUGCUUGUCUUCAUGGUAAUCAUUCUGCCAUCAUUGGGUCUAUCCAGCUUGGAUUUAUUCUUCAGGUGGCUCUUUGACAUCCACUUCCUGGAUGAAACAGAUGUAAAGUUUCAAUGUGUGUUUUUGCCUGAUAACGGAGCUUUUUUUGUGAACUACGUGAUCACGUCCAGUCUGAUCGGAACGGUCAUGGAGCUUUUGCGUAUUCCUGCUCUACUGGUGUACUCUGUUCGCCUUUGCUUUGCCAAAUCUAAAGCUGAGCGCAUCCACGUUAAAAGAAGUCAGGCCUAUGAGUUUCAGUUUGGUCUUGAGUAUGCCUGGACCAUGUGCAUAUUUUCAGUCAGUAUGACCUACAGCAUCACCUGCCCCAUCAUUGUACCUUUUGGAUUGCUGUACCUUGUGCUGAAGCAUAUGGUGGAUCGCUAUAAUAUCUACUAUGCCUAUUUACCCACAAAGCUCAGCCAGCGGAUCCAUUCGGCCGCCAUCAGUCAAGUGGUGGUGGCGCCCAUUCUCUGCAUGUUCUGGCUGCUGUUCUUCUCUGUGCUCAGACUGGGUCCAGUGCAGCCCAUCACUCUGUUCACAUUCAUAACUCUAUUGUGCUGUAUUGCCUUCUCCUGCUUUGGCUUCUGUCUGAAAAAACUACGACCUGACAGAUCAACAAGCUACCAGAUGUCCGAUCAGACGACAGAAGGAGGCUUCACUGAUGCAGAAAGAAGCACCGUUUCCACCACAACCACAGCUAAUCUUUUUAUAGCCUCCGUGUUGCUGGAGCCAGAGCUGAGCCUGACUCCCAUGCCUUCUCCGGCCCACCAGAGCUACGGCACCAUGGGGAACAGCCAGAGUUCAGUGCGUGACGCCGAAGGGGUGGAGGAGAAGGAUCUGGAGGAAACUUUGGAGACUGAACUCAAGGAUGACCCAAAUCCCAGCUGUCCAAGCCCUUUCAUGGACAGUCCUGUAGGUCUCCAGUGACCAAUCUGCCCCACGUUCCUACUCCCUAACGCUAAAGCCCCAUGCCUCAUCUUAGAUAGUGGCUGAUAAAGAGGCACUAUGCUGCAAAAUUAUUCCUCUACAACCUCCAUUUACGAGUAAAAGACAACAAAUUGCAGCCAUCCAAGCAAACUGCUUCAAAAAGCUUGUUGGGAAUUCACUGACAUGACGGUUUUAGUUCUGAGGACUUUGAUGAGCUUUCAAAGAAGUAUCUGAAGUGGAUAAAAGCAAAGAUCUGUCGAAGAACGAGACCAGCCACUUCUCUUGCUCAGACUACGCUUUCUACUUUCUUCUGUAUUUUUCUUUUCUCUUUAAUGACGUUAAUGUGUGUCUGGCAGUUUGUUUGCCUGAAGCUUGGGACAUUGUAUUUUGACAGAUUUUUCGAUGUAUUUUAUAUGCGUAGUCAUAUUGUAUAGCUCCAAAGAGUUGAGACAUCCAAAUCUUAUUUGCUUAUUAUUACUCCUUUUGCUGUUGAUGCAGUUUGUGCUUAUUUUUAUUCAGUAUUUGUAUUUUAGCAAUUGUACGUAAUUGUGCAACAUUAUGGUGAGAGGGCGUUGUUUUCAUGUGUUUCCUAUUAUUAGAUUAUUAUUACUGUUAUUAACACCCUCAACCUUUAUUGCAGUGUGCGCCAGAGUCAGUCGCUCCCAAUUAUUGUUUGUUUCGCAGUGACAAUAGCAGUUGUGUUGUGCAUACUGCAGUCAAUUGGCACUACAGUAGAUUUCAAAGUCAACGAGGCACUCAUUCCAUAAUUUGUUUGCUUUUUCUUUCCUGUGAAGUUCAAUCAGUUGGUUGGUCUGUGGAAGAGAUGUGAGAGAACAUUCGAAAGUGAAGCUUUUUACUGACUAAUAUACAGUCAAAUUUAGCAGACUCCACUUAAUGAACUGAAAAAAAAAGUGCGAAAAUAAUCAGUUUGCAGGAAAAAAAGACAACAAACUAAAAGAGCUGUUAAAGGAAUGUUCAAAAAGACUUACGCUUUAUUGGCAGCGUAUAUUUGACUCCCUUAGUUUCUACAUUAAUGCACUUAGAGUAUGGUCUAUGGAGCAUUCCAGAGGGUUUAAGCUCUAAAAAAAAAAACACUCAUAUUAAAGCUCCAGGCAAAAUAAUAGACUAGUCUUUUUGCCUUUUUUGGCCAACAGAUUAUGUAAUUGUGAUAACACAUUAGUAGGGAGCAAUUUUCACUAUUAACUAGUUUCUUAUAAGCAUGCCUAUUAUUAACAUUUUGGCUGUUUUUUAGUAUUUAUAAAGCACAUAUUCUGCAUGACCAUAUUCUACAUCCCUAAUCCUAUCCAGUACGUAAACUUAACAACUACCUUACUAUUAUUAAUAAGCAGCAAAUUAGCAGUUUAUUGAGGCAAAAGUCGCAGUCGAUUGUUUGUUAAUAGUGAGAAUGGACCUUAAAAAAAAAGUGUGACAGUAACUGCUGAUGGUUGUUCAGAUUCACCUCAGUCAUGGAGUUCAUAACUUCCAUGAACUUCCAAGUGGUAUUACUGACUUGUGGUUCAGUGAGGGAGUCAGUUGUGAACUUAAUAGCGACUUAAUUUCCCGACCAAGUCUGAUUCAAACAGAAACAGCUAAUUCAAGAGCGGUUACGUGAAUCUUUUUGACUUAAAGAACCGAUUCGCAAGAGUCAUUUUGUUAAGAAACAGACAUCCUGCUCUUCACAUGCAUGAACCAUUAGCGCCAGUGUUGCCAGAUUGGAAGGACGAUUUCUAACCCAAAAACUCACCAAAAACCCACUCAAAAAAAAAAAAAAAAAUGUAACUGUCAAAAUAAUGCUAUAGAAUGUUAUUGCCAUGUCAAUCAAGGUUGAUAAGGACCAUUUUUAACUCCUUAAAGCAAAAUAAUGGUGACAAAAAUAAUGUAAAAAUAGAUCAGUUUCCCAGGUAAACAGAACAAAUCAGGGCAUAUACAUAAAGAGAAUUACCAAAUAUGACUAAAAUACGCAGGCAGAUACUGUCACAACAGCAACAAAUUGACCGAUACCGUCGAAAAAACACACCUAUCAUUUUCAAUGUCAACAGUCAGAAUACGCCAAUUUAAAUGCAAAAAGUGCCCAAUAUAAGUGACUGGAAUAAGCAACUAGAAGGUAUUUUAAUUAGCUGGUAUUUCACACUCAAUCAUGCACACACCAUCUCAAUCAAAACUGCGUUAUUCAUUGAUGCAUACUGUAUGAUAAUCCAACAAUAAAAAAUAAACAACAACAAUAAUGCGCUUACCUUCGUGUUGCACUUUAACUUCACACAGAAAUAGAGAAAGUCUUUCAUGAAGUACAUACUGUAGAACAUAAUACACAACUCUGCAUAGUCAAAACUAAUCAAGUCCAGCAGCUUUCAAGGAUACCACUCUGGACAGUUUAUAAGAUGUCCUGAUGCAGGACAGGAACAUAUAGUCCCAUAUUCAGAUUUGAUUUUGAGUAAAUUAUUCACCUGUGCUCUGAUUUCAGAGUUACAAUGAUAUUAGAGCCUUCGCGUCAUCUCCCUCUACAGGUGUAAUUCACGUUUUGAGAGUCACUCUCCCACUCUUUACCAUGUAACUUGUACAGUAUUUAUGCCACUCUGGCAUUGUGAUCACUUAAAUAUACAGCUGUACAUUCAAAAUCUGAUCCUUUUUUCACAGGCGUUUUAAAACCUGUCCUGUAGCCCCCCCCCUGCACAUUUUGUAUGUCUCCCAACACACCUGAUUCUACUCAUCAGCUCAUUAGUAGAGACUGCAAGACCUGAACUGGGUGUGUCUAAUGGGGACAUACAAAAUGUGCAGUGCUGCAGGGCCUGCAGGACAGGUUUGAAAACCCCUGCCUUAUCGCACUAAAAACUCACCACUCGUGAAUCAUCACGUCUGUCUGCUGAUCCCUAGUGAUUGGCUAAAAUUGCGGCAGGCAACAUAAGCAUCAGCCGACUUUUUAGUAAUGUUUAGUAAUUUAAUGAUGACUGAUUGGAUGCAGUACAUGAACACUUGGAUUUUGUUUGUUAACCAAUUAGCUUAUACAAUUUAGAUGUUUGAAAACCGGAAAACUGACCCCCCCAACCAGCCCAAAUUUAACCGCACAAUAAAAUUCAAAACCCCCCAACUGGGCAGGAACCCACCCAAAUUAGCUUACAUUCUAACGAGCGCAAAGACUAUCACAACUUGAUUUUACCUUAUUGUUGCACAUUUUAGUCACAGUCUAAAGCCCUGUAUAUUAAUAUAAAAGUGUGUUAUUUGAACUGUAAGUAAUUUUAGGUUUAUAUGAUCCGACAGUUGAAAAAUUCAGAUCUAAAUUUGAUUUAGCGGUUUUAUCACAAUAGUUUCAUGAUAACAUAUAUUUAGAUUUUGUGGUUUUAGAAUUGAAACAUGUUUUUAACAUUUAUUCCAGUCCAUAGAGUUUUAUUGUACUGUAAGUGCAUUACUGUAUACACAUUUUUUUGAGGGAUGAGUUGAAGUUAUAACUGCCGAUGGAGCUUGUAUUGAAAUCAGAACAUUCCUUUAAGAAUCAUCAAAUCCAUUAAAUAUGUUUGUAAAGUGAUAUAAAUGAAGUGUUAUGACACAAACCGAAAAUGCUACUCACAAGUUUUCAAUUCCAGAGUCUCCAACUGCAUGUUGUUUAACUCAGUCACAUGCUCAAACCAGCCUGCAGCUCUCUUUAGAUCCAUCGAGUUUUGCUCUGGCUUCUGUAACACUUUAAUUUUCUUAGUAACUUUUGUAUUCUUGGUCUUUGCUGCUAGUGAUUCUAGGACUGGAAGGGAAGGGGUGGGCGGAGGGUUUUCUUGCCAAACUGAAUGUAAAUGAGUUGUGAUUUGUACCGUGCUUUCUUGCUGUGCCUUGAAGAAACAGAUCUUAAGAAGUAAACAGAAAAAAAUGUUGUGUCUGACAAUCCAGCAUGACCUGCAAUAUGCUGCAUGGACUACAGAGCAAGAUAAAACAAAGAGGCUAAAUUCUAAACCGCAUUCCACCAAUGAAUCAAACAGGUGAGAGAUUCCUAACAAGUUUUAAACUGACUUAGCCCCGCAACAUACUCUGUGCAAGUACAUAAAUGAUUCUAGCUGAAAUGUGUCAGACCACUUUUUAUAAUGCCGCUGAAUCUGUUGCAUUGCAUUUCGUCUUCUACAGUCAUUUUUAUUCUUUCAGGUCAACUACUGUCAUGGCGGAGCAAGUAAACAGUUGGCAUGUUAAUUGCUAGCAUGCUAAACAUAUUCAACAAAGCAAAUGCAUUGACCAAAUAUCUGUGUCUGCGUACUUGUGGAAAGGUAUAUUUCUUGCCAUACUGUUCAACAGCAACUCAAUACAAAUGCACCCCAAUCCCAUCUAAUUCACACUAAUAAUCAUUGGUAUCACAUUAUCUAUGAGAUACACACAAGCGUAUGCAAACACACUUACGUCAAUGUCUUCAAUACCUACCUGAUAAAAUGCUCUUGUGCGAUGCUUUUUGAUAAUUACUUUUGUUCUGUUUGUAUUCGCUGUUGGUGUAUACAACUGUGUUUUCGUUAUUUAGUGUUGGUUUAUGGAAUGUGGCUUGAGGUGCCAUGUCAUGUGACGGGGCGCUUAUGACACAGUAAAUUGCUGCACCUUGUUACAUUGCAUCAGCACAGCUCUUAAGGGUAUAAAACUAAAUUUACAAAAACUUUA